AAAAAAAAAGCUUCUUCGUCUGCUUUUUACCCUUUUUUCCAUUUUCAAAUUCAAAUUAUUUUUGUCUUCUAUGUACUACUGAUUAAAAGAGUAAACACAUUACUAUCGAAAUCGAUCUCUUAACCAAAUUUUCGCGCUCGGUUCGUCCUUCGCUGUAUCUCCCGGAGCUCCGGGACUUGGCUUGUUGCGCCGGCGGAGGGAUAUGAGGAGUCUACUGUUGAUUUCGGUGGCCGUGUGCUGGCUAUGUUCAGUCGCGGCGGUGGUUCGGAGCGGAUCUAGCGAUGGUUUCCAGAAACCUAGAGAUACUGAGACUGUGAUAUCGUUGCUGGAGAAUAAAUUGAUGGCGUCUUCGGUUCCUAUGGUGCCUCUCACCUUGAUUCAGGGAGCUGACUCCAAAGGAGCUGUGUGCUUAGACGGGACGCUACCUGGUUACCAUUUAGAUCGUGGUUUUGGAUCAGGUGCUAACAGUUGGCUUAUCCAACUUGAGGGUGGAGGAUGGUGUAAUAAUCAUAGGAGCUGUGUGUAUCGCAAAACUACCCGGCGUGGUUCCUCUAAAUUCAUGGAAAAAGCUUUGGCCUUCACUGGAAUUUUGAGCAAUAAACCUGAAGAGAAUCCUGACUUCUUUAAUUGGAACAGGAUCAAGUUGCGAUACUGCGAUGGUGCCUCUUUCUCUGGUGAUAGUCAGGAUGAGGGUUCACAACUUUUCUAUCGAGGACAACGAAUCUGGCAAGUGGCUAUGCAAGAAUUCUUGUCUUUAGGCAUGCAGCAAGCAAAUCAGGCUCUGCUUUCAGGAUGUUCAGCUGGAGGAUUAGCUUCCAUCUUGCACUGUGAUGAGUUCAGGGAACUAUUACCUAGUUCCACGAAAGUAAAAUGCUUAAGUGACGCUGGAAUGUUUCUGGACGCAGUGGAUGUCUCUGGGGGCCACUCGCUUAGGAAUAUGUUCGAAGGUGUUGUUACGGUUCAGAAUCUCCAAAAGGACUUGUCCAGUACUUGUACAAACCAUUUGGAUCCUACUUCGUGCUUCUUUCCUCAGAACUUGAUUUCGGACAUCAAAACUCCAAUGUUUCUUCUCAACACAGCAUAUGACUCUUGGCAGAUCCAAGAGAGCUUAGCUCCUCCAACUGCUGACCCAGGCGGCAUCUGGAAGGCAUGCAAAUCAGAUCACUUGCAUUGUAAUUCAUCACAGAUUCAAUUCUUCCAAGAAUUCAGAACUCAGAUGGUGCUUGCUGUAAACUCAUUCUCCACAUCUGACCAGAACGGUCUUUUCAUAAACUCUUGCUUCGCGCAUUGUCAGACUGAAAGACAGGACACCUGGUUUGCUCAAGAUUCUCCCCAACUAAACGGAAAGAGAGUCGCGGAAUCUGUAGGUGACUGGUACUUCGACCGAGCAAAAGAUGUCAAAGCCAUUGACUGUCCUUAUCCGUGCGACACAACAUGUCACAAUCUGAUUUUCGAUUUUAAUCCGUCAGCUCUAGAGAUCUCAGCUUCUUCAAGGUUUUGUUUUCCUCUCUUUAGAGCCUCUCUGGUCCUUCUAGUGUUGACAAAACUCAUCCCCAGAUUCUUAGUUUAGUAGGUAUAGUGAAACACUCAUUUUUUUCAUACCUCAUUAUCUAUAAACCAUUGUCGAAUCUAGUUAGUGACAAAAUCCAUGUCAUAACAUAGAAUAGAAUAUCAAAAAGAGAAAAGAAAAAGAACAUAUUCCUUUAUUCAUUGGACUCUUAACACAAAUCGUCCGAAUCUCAAAAACCGAUCAUGAACUCUUCUUCUUUUGAGAUGUCCCUUUUUGUUGUAUUUUGAAAUUCCAAUUGUUAAUCACUUUACUUUUCACCUUUUUUGCACCACACUGAAGCGCACGCGAGGUAACAUAAUGCAGAUUCUAUCUUGUGCUAAAGUGUUAGAUUUACUUAAAAUACACAAACUCGAUAAUAUUUCGCAAAGUUAUUAAUUUACCUGCUCAAUGGAUGUCACUAGUGACUGGAGAAACUUUUCCAUCGUCCAUGAAACACAACUAUUGUUAUCGUAUUUACAAACCCACAAAACGAACUCGUGAAAUCUCUCAAAACUCACUAAGCAAAAGAAAAAAAAAAAAAAAA